AUGGCGACACCUACACGAGGUGCUCUGCACCGGCUGCUUGAGCGCGCGCACUCACCGGACACAGCCAACCAGAUUUUCACCGAAAAGAUUCAGCACCGCGAACAGUUUCUACGACCAGCCUCGCCCGGCCGCGAAGAGCGUGCAGAGCGCGCAGCCAACGGCGGCUCUGCCGCUACAACGACAUCGGCAGCAGCCGCUUCCCUUGCCGCCGCCGCCGCCGCCAACACUGCCGCCGAGCUCGCUGCAGCGGGUGCGUCGGGCCACAACGGCCGCGAUGCCCGCCGGCGGAACCGUCGGAUCAAGCAAGAACAGCGGCAGAACCGGGCCAAGACACUAAAACCAAAGCCGCUGUCGUCGCGGCAGAGGAGAGAAAUCGAGGCCAGGGAAGGCAAAGAAGGCAAGGGGGUGGGGAAGGGGAAGAGGAAAGCACAAAAGGUGCUGUACAGCACCUUUGUUCCCCUCCACCGGCUGUGGUUGGGCUACAUCCGCGAGGUGCUGAGCCCGCAGGAGCUUCGGACGGGCGGUGCAAGCGCGGCGGCCAAGCUGACGGCGGCCGAUUUCCACGGAGCACUGGUGGAAGUGACACGGAGUGCAUGCGUGGGCCGGGUGGGCACGCGAGGCAUUGUGUUGCGGGACACGCGGUUCGUGUUUGAGAUUGUGACGGCGGCCAACGAGGUCAAGAUGGUGCCCAAGGACGGAUCCUUUUUCCGGGUCGAGAUUCCGAUCGAAGAGGAGGACGGCGGGGGCAAGGCGGUGGACGGCAGUACAGAACCUGCAACAGCAGCACCUGCGCCAGCUGCCCACACCCCCACACUGGUCAUCGAAAUCCUCGGCUCGCAGUUUAUGCACCGGGCAGCCGACCGGGCCGGCCGCAAGUUCAAGCAGCAUUUUUACAAAGAGCUGUGA